AUGGCGAGACAGGAACUGCAACAGAACCUUGUCUCCGUCAUCGCGGUUCUGGUGCUGCUGGUUGGAUACUCGCUGAACAUCGACAAGAGUGUGGCGACUUUAGCGCUAGCCUUGUUGGUGCUUUGUUCGCUGCUGGCGGGCGUCUUGAUCAAGGUCAUUUCUCGGAGGUGCGAAGCGUUCGAGUUGCAGGACCGGGUCUCGGAGGCUUGCGAGGCGUUCAUCGAGAACUCGCCACCCGAUGAGGGCGAAGAUAGCGCCAAACCUGAAGGAACCGCGACAGACCCACCCAUGCGCGAGUCGUCUGGGCCGAGCGCCGGCCUGCAGCAAGGGAGCGCGUUGGCAUCGGUUGUGUCAGUGUUCCGGAACGAACUGUGGCAACGCGUCCCAAAGCUGCUGCUUGUGGAGGGGGACAUUGUCGCUCUUAUGGGAGGAGACAAGGCACCGUGUUUGGCCGAAGUGCUGCGCUUUGAAGCGGAGGAUGAUACCAUCCCGCCAGGAGUAUCGGUGGACGGUGCGAGCGCUACAGAUUGCUCGGCAGCCACAGGCAAGCCGGGUCGGCGUCCUUGGGUGUUCCACGGGACAGGAGUCAAGGUUGUCAGAGGACAGGAUAUCCACGUGCGACCUGUAGCUCGCGAGCACUUCAGCCGGAAGACCAUGGUGCCGGCCACCUCGCCGGCCCUGCUCCUGCUGUGCGGCGACAUGCGGUGCUACCGCCUGCUAGAAACCCCGCUCGAUGCUCACCUCAAGCUGUCGCUCUCUCCGCCGCCGGCGGUGGCGACGGCUGCGAUUCGCCGGACUUCCCUGCUACGCGAGCGCGUCAGGGCGGCCGGCCGGAGGUGCUACAGCGCGGUGCUGGUCAUGUCUUUGCUAGCGGCAGCGAUCGGGGGCCUUCGAUUGUUGCUGGCCGACGGUUCGAGGGGCGACUGGGCGCUCUACCUGUUCGUGGUUCCAGGCCAGGUCGCCGUGUGCCUCCUCCCCAUGUCUCUGCCAAUCUACGUCGCCGCCGGGGAAGCGGUGGCGACGGCCCGCGUUCUGGCCUUCCUUGAGCUAACGCUAAGGCGUAACAGGGAGGCGAAAGGGAGCGCCGCCGCAGGUGCCGCUGCUGCAGGUGCGACGAAAUCUCAAUCAUCAGGAGAGCCGGACCCGGACGAGAUCGUGGACGAGUUCGACCAGAUGGACGCCGAGGAACGCGAAGAGGUGUUCUCCGGAACGUCACACACCGUGUCGUGGCGGAAGGCUCGGGCUUACCUUUGUGCCGUCCUAACCGCGAGGUGGCGAUGCGGGACCAAGAGUCGAAUGUGCCGCCACCGUCGUUCACAGGAUGCGGUGACGCCGGCAUCGGUAUCGCCGGCAGCGGCACCCGCCACGAACGCUGUGCGCCCAGCGGAUUCCUCCGGCCCGGAGCCCAGCGACAUAGAAGCCGGGCGCGCCGCAGCGGAAGCGGCUCGAAGGUCAGCCGAGCCCAGUCCCGGAGAGCCUGCUGCGAGAAGCAGCGACCACGGCGGGGUGCCCUCGAUCGAUGUCAUGGCUGGAAGCAGGGAGCAGGGUUUCAUUCCGUUCGCCUCAUGGCGGCGGCGGCGGCGGUCUAGUGGUGCGGGGUCGGGAUGGAAUAGUAGUGGUUCGAUGGGCUGGAGUGUGGGGCGGUGGCGCAACCUGUGUAUUGGCGGCGGGGCGGCGGCUGUCGGGGAACAACAGGAUGACGUCGAUGCCGGUGGGGGCGAGGGACAACAACGCCAGAUGCUACGGCAGCAGCGGCGACAGCGGCGCCGAAAGCAGUGGUGUCAAGAUAGCUUCUUGCCCGUGCCGAUGUUGGGGUGCGGUCUGGUCGAGCGCCUCGGUGCUGUCACCACGCUAUGCAUGCUGGACGAGGACACGGUGUGCGAGCCAACCUCGGCCAUCAAGGAGGUUUUCCUGGUAGACUCCAAGGUCAACGACGCCGGUGUCAGCACCGGGACCGUCCUCGACAUGCACACCCAGCAGGGCAAGAAAGGGGUUCGCUUCGAAGACCCGCACUGGUGGACACACCUCCCCGCCCUCAAGCCUAUCGGCCUUACCUGCUUGCUUGCCGAGAAGAAUCCGGAGCAACCUCGGCAGCAAACCAAGAGGAGAUCCGUUCUCAGCAGCCCUGUACUCGCCGAAGGCCGUUCUCUUCAGUCCACCCAAGCCUCGCAGACCCAGAACUCCCCCUGUCCGGCGUUGUUGGACCACGUGCGGGACGACCAGCCGAUGGAACACCUCGCGGAUCUGUCCGAGGCGAUCGGUUUCUGCGCUGCGGACAGGGGGAUGUUUCGCGAGAGGCGGCGCAUCCACGUCAUCAACCCCAAGCUGGCGGCAAGCAGGGCGACGGAAGACACGCACGCGCAAGGGCAAGACGAAUCCCGAAGACGGGGCACGAUUCAGCCGCACCUGACGAGCGUCAUGGCUCAAGAAAGACGGUCGGGCGCUCUGCAACUACUCAGUCAAGGGAACCCAUCCAUUGUGCUGGGCAUGUGUCGAGACUACUGGGAUGGGAGCGCCAUUUCGAACCUGCCGGCCACCCUCCGCAAGACCAUCCUCGGCAUGCACCAGCAGUGGAGCUUGGAAGACCUCGACGUCGUUGCGUUCGCCUACGUCCCCGUGCCCUACACGGUGAACCCUUUCAUCUCGUCCUUCAACAAGCACCCGGACUACCUCAUCCACCUCAGCCAGAGCCAAGCCUCCUCAUCCGGAAAAGGGCGAAGCAGCAUCGGCGGCGGCGGCGGCGGUGGCGGCUCGCGGGCGGGAGCGAGUCCGGUCAUCAGCCCGCUCCCAUCCAGCUCACCACGGUUUCGAGGCGCUGACGGUAAGCUUGGCAUCAUACCUGAGACAUGUAACACUCGACAAGAAGGCCACCACAAUGCUGGAGACGAUGACGUAAGCAGCGGCACUACCAACGACGAUGACCCAAACAACAUCAGGGGGGCCGAAGGUCUCGACAGCUUCUCGCCGCCAUUCCGAGAGGGGGACGACGCGACAAAAGGGAGGGUGCAAGGAUUUCGAGGACCAACGGAUAGGGGAGGUUCGCCACCAGCUGGAGCAGUAGCUGCCGAAACCACCAGCGACAAUGCCGAGCCGUCAGCAGAAGAAGGGCAGCAGUCAUCGGUUACCGGUGCUGCUCGGCAAAGCUCAUCGGCCAAUUCAUCACCGGUGCGCUCCAAACUGAGGAAAGCCAUCGCCGAAGAACCGGGAUCGGGAUCGGGAUCGGAGAGGGGUUGUUCUCAGGGUGAGGACGGCGAACCACAAGGAACCAACCGCAGCUCUGGGGUAGCUCGGGUACUGACGAGGGGCGCAUCCGACGGCUGCAUCGAUAGCGGUUCCAGCAACCGCGGCAAAAAUAAGAGACGUCCGGCCUCUCUUAGGAAGAUCAUUCAACCCAUGGAGUCAGCCACCAGUGUUGCCGCCGCCUGUGAGGCGACGGUGGCGGACUUGAACCAGCAACAACAGGGUACACACAGCGGCAGCAGAAUACCCAGCAUUAGCAGCACCUCAUUUCGUCGCGGAACCUUUGAAGCUGUUCCGGAGGACGAAGCUUUUCGUAGCGGUGGUGGCGACAGGGGUGUUGCUGUUGUAUCUGGGGAGGAUGGUUCGUCUGGCCCAGCCGAGAACGAGGUAACCUUCCUGUUCCAGGAUGACUCGACGAACAACGCUUCUGCUGCGGGGACAAAGGAAACGGAAGGAGAAAACAGCGGUGGCGGUGGCGGUGACGGUGGGGGGGGCGGGGCCAAGAGGGGAGGGCUUCCGAGGAGGAAGAAGCUCUACAGCAUGGACGACUACGGGGUCAACAUCGCUCACCGCGCUGAGCUGCACACGUCAAAAGUCCCGGUUGUUCCCGCCAGUGGAGACAAGAAGAUGGCCGAAGCCCUGUGGAACCUCGCCCAUGACCAGGUCUUUCUGGGAAUGGCGGCAUCUUUCGUGCCCCCGAAGCGUGACAUCGUGGCGCUAAUCGAAGACGUGGAGGCGGCAGGAGUGCGGUUCGUGUACUUUUCCCCUCGCAACAUGAGGCGCAGCAAGGCCCUUGCCGAGAGCAUGGGGAUCGAGACCGACUGGAACUGUGCGAUUUCGCUUCGCCCGCUGGAGGACUCUUCGCAGCCAGACCCUCACAGGAUGAAGUCGUCCUAUGCAGACUGGGACGUCAAGGCUCGUCUGCCGCACGGCAUCGCCGACAUCCGAGACCACAUCGAAUCCGUGGACAAUGUGCCGCUCCUGGUCUCGCUCUUCACUGACGCCACCCCAGAGACGAUCAAGGACAUGCUUGCCAUUUACCAAGAGAACGACGAGUGCACGCUGGCUGUUGGCAUGUCGCACAGGGCCGUGAACGCGGAUCUAUUCCGGGCGGCGGACCUAUCCUUCUCGGUGGAGAACCUCCCGCUAAACCAGCCCCUCUCGAGCCUCCCGGCUGCGAGCUCGUCCCGUUUCUCUGCGAUCGAUUCCGCUUUCAACAGCUCGAUCGUGGGGCUCCAUACUGCCCUACCACUGGGCGACGUGAUGCGCAGAGGGGGUGCUAUCGUCGGCCUGGACGACGUGGGCAGUAUCAUCAUCGACCUCAUUCGUGAGGGGAGAUGCCUGCUAACCAACACGUACCAGGCUCUGUCGUUUUUGCUCCUCGGCUCGUUUGCCGUCGCUCUGCUCGUGCUUGUCGCGGCUGCUGCCCCUAUCUCGGAGCCCAUGGUCCUUGGCGGGGGGCAUCUCAUUUGGAGCCUGUGGCUGGUGGCUCCUCUGCUGGCCACGUCCUUCCUGGCCUCUCCGUCGGAUGGUUCCCUGAUGAAGCGGACCCCAGAAAAGAAUGACCCCAAGGCGUCGGACGCCCACAGGGACUGGGUAGAUAUUGUGUGGUGCCUCGCGCGGGACAACGCACGAGGGGAAAAGGCUAGGGAGGCGUCCGAGCAGGCGGUUGACCUCGUCACCCUUGAACUAGUCCUCUGCCUCAUCGCCCAGUCGGCCAGCUUCAUGUACAGGACAGCUAGUAUUCGGAAAGAACCGCCAUGGAAGAACUGGGUUUGGAACAAUUGCGUUAUCUUUAUCCUCUGUCUGCAGGUCUUCCAUCUUUGGGCGGCGGGGGCUGCUCGUGGAUCGCUGCAGCUAUUGUUCAAGAGCCGAUGGGAGCCCCUCGUCGCCGGAUUCUUUUGCCCCUUUGCUGUGCUGGGCAUCGCAGAACUCCUGAAGCGCAGAGACGCUCGAGUGUUUGACCGCUACGUCACGCUGCUACGGCUGGAGUUCGACACGCGGCUAGGGAUGCAUUCCCCGAGAUAG